CGCGUCCGCGUCCGCUCCCUCCGCUUUCGCCCUUCGCUGGUCCGGGCCUCGGCGGACGCCGGCGGUCAUGGUGCCGUUGGCGCGCCCGGCGCGGCCCCGCUGAGCCUCGGUGCGGCGGCGAGCGCGGUUCGGGGUCGCCAUGCCUACCCGAGUGUGUUGCUGCUGUUCUGCUUUGCGUCCUCGCUACAAACGCCUAGUGGAUAACAUCUUUCCUGAAGAUCCAAAAGUAAAUUGAUCUACAUCUACUGAUCCUUCUCUUUGCUGACCCCUUCUGCCCCCUGCUGAUCUCCUUAAGGAUGGCCUUGUUAAAGCAGAUAUGGAAAAAUUGACCUUUUAUGCAGUAUCUGCUCCUGAGAAGCUGGAUCGAAUAGGUUCUUACCUGGCAGAAAGGCUGAGCAGGGAUGUUGUCAGACAUCGUUCUGGGUAUGUGCUAAUUGCUAUGGAGGCCCUGGACCAACUUCUUAUGGCCUGCCAUUCUCAAAGCAUCAAGCCCUUCGUAGAAAGCUUUCUUCAUAUGGUGGCAAAGCUGCUGGAAUCAGGGGAACCAAAGCUUCAAGUUCUUGGAACAAAUUCUUUUGUCAAAUUUGCAAAUAUUGAAGAAGAUACACCGUCUUAUCACAGACGUUAUGACUUUUUUGUGUCUCGAUUCAGUGCCAUGUGUCAUUCUUGUCAUAGUGAUCCAGAAAUACGAACAGAAAUUCGAAUUGCUGGAAUAAGAGGUAUUCAGGGUGUGGUUCGAAAAACAGUUAAUGAUGAACUUCGGGCUACAAUUUGGGAACCUCAGCAUAUGGAUAAGAUUGUCCCAUCUCUUCUUUUUAACAUGCAAAAGAUAGAAGAAGUUGACAGUCGCAUAGGCCCUCCUUCUUCUCCUUCUGCAACUGACAAAGAAGAGAAUCCUGCUAUGCUGGCUGAGAACUGUUUCAGAGAGCUGUUGGGUCGAGCCACUUUUGGGAAUAUGAACAAUGCUGUUAGACCAGUUUUUGCGCAUUUAGAUCAUCACAAACUGUGGGAUCCUAAUGAAUUUGCAGUUCACUGCUUUAAAAUUAUAAUGUAUUCUAUUCAGGCUCAGUAUUCUCACCAUGUGAUCCAGGAAAUUCUAGGACAUCUUGAUGCUUGUAAGAAAGAUUCUCCACGUGUUCGAGCAGGUAUUAUUCAGGUUCUGUUAGAGGCUGUCGCCAUUGCUGCUAAAGGUUCCAUAGGGCCGACGGUGCUGGAAGUCUUUAAUACCCUAUUGAAACAUCUGCGUCUUAGUGUUGAAUUUGAAGCAAAUGAUUUGCAAGGGGGAUCAGUAGGCAGUGUCACCUUAAAUGCAAGUUCUAAGGACAAUGAUGAGAAGAUUGUGCAGAAUGCCAUCAUCCAAACAAUAGGAUUUUUUGGAAGUAACCUACCAGAUUAUCAGAGGUCAGAAAUCAUGAUGUUCAUUAUGGGGAAAGUUCCUGUGUUUGGAACGUCCACUCAUACUUUGGAUAUCAGUCAACUAGGGAUCCAGGAGGUACUGGAGGUGCUAGAGGAAAUGGAUUUGGGAACCAGACGAAUUCAGAUAAUGUUGCUGAGAUCUUUGCUUAUGGUAACCUCUGGUUACAAAGCCAAGACGAUUGUUACUGCACUGCCAGGGUCAUUUCUGGAUCCUUUGUUAUCACCAUCUCUCAUGGAAGAUUAUGAACUGAGGCAGUUAGUCUUGGAAGUAAUGCACAAUCUCAUGGAUCGCCAUGACAAUAGGGCAAAGCUUCGAGGGAUCAGAAUAAUACCAGAUGUAGCUGACCUAAAGAUAAAAAGAGAAAAAAUUUGUAGACAAGACACAAGUUUCAUGAAAAAGAAUGGACAGCAGCUAUAUAGGCACAUAUACUUAGGCUGUAAAGAGGAAGACAAUGUCCAGAAAAACUAUGAGCUACUUUAUACUUCUCUUGCUCUUAUCACUAUUGAAUUGGCCAAUGAAGAAGUGGUUAUUGAUCUCAUUCGAUUGGCCAUUGCUCUACAGGAUAGUGCAAUUAUCAACGAAGAUAAUUUGCCAAUGUUUCAUCGUUGCGGGAUCAUGGCACUGGUUGCAGCAUAUCUCAACUUUGUAAGUCAGAUGAUAGCUGUUCCUGCAUUUUGCCAGCAUGUUAGCAAGGUUAUUGAAAUUCGAACUAUGGAAGCCCCUUAUUUUCUACCAGAGCAUAUUUUCAGAGAUAAGUGCCUACUUCCAAAAUCUUUAGAGAAGCAUGACAAAAAUCUGUACUUUCUGACCAAUAAGAUUGCAGAGUCACUGGGUGGAAGUGGAUAUAGUGUUGAGAGGUUGUCAGUACCAUAUGUACCCCAAGUAACAGCUCUCUUUCCUUCAAGCAAAAAACCUCAUAAACCCAGGCACAAAUACAAAGAUGAAGAUCGUCUUUCUAGAAGAAAAAGUAUUGUGGACACUGUGUCUAUUCAGGUGGAUAUUUUACCCAACACCAUUCCUUCUGAUGAUGUGGUUAGUAACACUGAAGAAAUUACCUUUGAAACAUUGAAGAAAGCAAUUGAUACCAAUGGAAUGGAAGAACAGGAAAAGGAAAAGAGACGUCUUGUGAUAGAGAAAUUCCAGAAAGCACCUUUUGAAGAAAUCGCAGCACAGUGUGAAUCCAAAGCAAAUUUGCUUCAUGAUAGACUUGCUCAAAUACUGGAACUCACCAUACGUCCUCCUCCCAGUCCAUCAGGAACACUGACCAUUACUUCUGGACAUGCCCAAUACCAAUCUGUCCCGGUCUAUGAGAUGAAGUUUCCAGAUUUGUGUGUAUACUGAGUGGCUCACAAAGAUCUCAGCAUAGGAUUUUAAAGCCUAAAAAUCAAAGCCAAGCUGAGUUUUCAGAAUUUACUUAAUGCAUAUUGACAUACUUCUUGAAAAUAAUGAGGGAACUUAUCUUUAUAACAAAAUGCUUGGCAUAUCAUAUUAGAAGUUUGGGAACUAUAUGAUUUAUAGUACUUUUAAAGAUAAAUUCAUGCCAUGUUAUUUUGUUUUGAGAUUUCUGUUGGCUUGUAAAUUUGAACAUGUGUUUGUCUCACAUUAUUCCAUUGUUAAAACAGUAUAUUUUAAACCUUUCAAAACAUGUAAUUUUUUUAAAAAAGGAUUAAAAAUGUAUGAAAUGUUUACUGUAUUUCUUAAAUGUCUACACAACUUCUCAGAAAUAGAAUUGCUUUUAUUUUUGAUUAUCUGCAAAAGUAAAAAUAUUCCUAAUCCUGGGGUUGCAAAACUGUCAUAUGGCUUUCCAUCCCCAUGCUUAAGAUAUGUUUUGAUAAGCCUCCCUCCAGUCCUCUACUGUAAUAAUGUGCACUAGAUAUUCUUCAGUGUGUUCACAAUGAAAAGACAUCUGUUAAUAGUAUUCCUAGAUUAUGACCCUGAGUCGCCAUACUUUACAAUGUCUGUUCUUGAAAUACUGUGUUUUCUGCCAAGAAUGUGACCCCUUGAAAGGCUUAGAGCUUACUCUUGCAGUACCGAAUUGUGCAAUAUUUUUUACAUCAUAAGAUGUAUUAGUUUACAGGCUGUGCUUUGAAAUUAUAGUAGUAUUUUGCUGUGGCUACAUUAAUUAAAUAAAAUAUAUAUUUAGUAUAGAAAAGACAGACAUUUAAAACAGCUACUAGUUCACCUGUGAGGAGUCUGUACAUUUCAAUUUCUAUUAAGAGCACAUUAAUUUAGAUUUUAUAUGGUGCAUUGUUUUAAAUCUUCAUAGUCAAAAAAUUCUUCAGAUGGACUAAAUUAAUUUGUAAGAGUUGUACCAAAACUUGUGUGUAUCUCUGUUUAGGAUUAGUUACGUUACAUUCAAAAAGAGUGUCUGUUUUAAUAAUCAAGUGUGCUAAGGUUUGUCAAUGAAAGCUGCUUUUGAUUUCAGCUGCCCAGGUCAUAGGGACACUCUGCCUUGUGGAUUUUAGUGGAUUCUAUCACAUGAUAAAAAUGAACAACUUUCUUUGUAAUUCUUAGAAAAUUCUUUUAGGGCAUUUCUAUAAAAUCACCAACUUUAUAGUUCUGCCUUUUCAGAUUCAGUUUCUUUUUACAUAAAAUAAUAUACAUAUCAAAGAUUGUAGCUCAAAAACAAUUCAGGUUUGACUUUUGUUUGAAAAGUUACAGUGAAGGAUUGGAUGUUUUGACUUGUGUUUAUGGUUAUUAGGGCACCUUUCAUAGAAACAGAAAAAGUUUAGGAAACUUUUUACUGAACUUGCACAUUUAGUAAACCAAAGUGCACCAUCUUGAAAAAAAAUUGUAAUCAUAUGUACUUAGACAUCCUGGGCUAUUGAUUAAUGUAGAUAAACUAGACCUUGUUUUCAACAGUACAUCACCCCUGGAGGACCACAUGGCCCUGUUGCAGUUGUCACUGUAGCUUUCCCUCUUACAAGGUAAAAUGUGUCACUAGAUAGAAUGCCAAGUGUUGUGUUUUUUAUUUUCCUUUUUUCUUCUUUUUAAAGAAAUAUAUUAAUUUUUGACUGUGCAUAUAAAAUCUAAGCAGGAGGACAUGCAAAAACAAUCAUCAUCCACUUGGAUGUCAUUUUAUAAAUUUAACACUGUGUGCUUUUGUAUGGAAAAUAUAUACAGUUUAAUAGCUAAGAAAAGAUAUAUUCAUUUCCACUCAUGCAAAAUUCAAACUUUGCUCUACAAAAUUUGUUAUUUCUCAGUGAUUUAAAAAUGCAUGAAUGCAUGUAAAGGAAAAACCAUUGCAAUUAAUCUUUAUCAUACCUUUCUCUUCGUCUUUGUAAGCUGUUGACUUGGGUUUUGUGAGGAGAUUUUUGUUUUUAUUAUUUUAAGUCACAGUAGACUUCUGUAUAUCCUAGUUUCAAUAGACUGAAACUGAUCUUGUUGACAGGGAUUUUCAAGAAAUGGAUCUUUCCUCUGGCUGAGCCUUCCAUGUCUGGAGGGGUUUCUGCAGGGACAAGGUGUGCAUACUCUUUUGGAACCCAUUCAGAUACAGAAAUGUGAGGAUUUGUUGAAGGUCAUUGAAUUGCUAUAUUUUUGCUAGAUGUGUAAAACUCAAUAAAUUAUUAAUCAUUCUCUUUCGCUGUAUACAGUUGUUAAUAUCAUUCUUUUGUGUGGCAUUGACAGUUAACAUUUAAGUGUCCCUCAUUUACUUGUGUUGUCUGUGGCCGCUUACAUAGAAUUUGCUUAGAAUUUACCUGAAAACACACACAUGAUACUUCUGAACUCAUUGUCUUUUAGAGUAAUAUCACACUUUACCAGCAAUUAACUUCUUACUCCUCAAAAUGUUUCCUUCUGUCUGAAAAUAGAAGUUAUUUGUCGUAUUCAUGCUGAUAUGUGCUAAAUGUAAUGAAGUUUUUUUAAAUGUAAAAAUUUACUGUGCAAUCAUAUGUGAGCAAUAAAACCAAAUUGAACUA